AUGAAUAAGGCUGCUGUUUCAAUAUCCGUACCCACCACCAAAGAGGACAGUGACAUCACCAAUGAUACCUUCAGCACAACCAUUGCCUUUGUUCCUGCUCCAUCCACUACCCUAUCAGACACUCCACGAUACAAUGAACAGACAGAUGAAGAAUUUGUAGCAUGGAUUUUAGAAGAACUGAAACAGGAAAACAUCCAGCUGUACAACCAAUAUCCAGAUGUCUUUGCCAAAGUGGCUCAAAGUAUUAUAAAAUGGAGAAGACGGUAUCACGGAAACAUUCCUCUGUGGAAUCGUAUUUUCAAAAAGGAUAGAGUCUUCAAGGAAGCCAUGGAAUCCGUUCCUGUCAUCCACGCGGUCGAUCAAUGGAUGAUGUCUAAAGAGAAUGUUACCAUGAUUGAUUUGUGUUCGGGGAAGGGAUACUUGUCCAUGAUUUUGAGUGAUUAUUUGGACGAUCCUGGUCGGGUCAAAAAAUGCAUUCUGGUAGACAAGGCUUGGCCACUCUGUCACAUGACACCCAAGCCUCAUCACAUAAGUUGGGAACAUAUCUAUGGGGACGUGGGGAAAGAUAGCGAUUCCAAGUUUGAAUACUACGAUAGCUGGCCAAUACCCUUGGUCACUAGCAAACAAGAUUUGAAGCAAUCCAUUACUCUGCGACAAUUGCAGGACCGAUAUAGCAAAAGUGACCAGGGCCCCAUUCUGAUUUUAGCAAUUCACUUGUGUGGAACUUUGUCGACCCAGGCCAUCAAGCUAUUCCAUAUGCUUCCCAAAGCCAAGGCACUGAUUCUGAAACCGUGCUGUUUGCCUGGAGUAUUUUAUCAGAAACGACAAGAAUUCUUUGAACUGGGUAACUACAAGUUCCCCACAAAAGAUGUAUGUGCCUCUGGCAAGUGGAAGUCGAACAAAAAGGUGAAGGGACGAUGGAAGGGGCCUCCACGGUGGCAUUUGGAAGGCAAGUUUCACAAAUGGUGCCAUCAUUUGGAAAUGGGGAUUCAAUCGGCCGAUACGACUGCGAUGCACCAAGAAGGAGACGAGGCUGUUGUAAAUGAGGACAAAACGAUGGAAAUAGAUGAAGCCAAGAAAGGUGAUUCUGACAAAUCGGGAAUCAUAAUAAAGACACAACUCCUCAAGAUACCGGUCCAAACCAAAGGGGGGUAUCAAAACUCAUUUCUGUUUGCUGAAAAGGCACCGGUUUCCAAUACCAUGUGGGACGAUCUUCUUCAGCGUGAAAACGAAUUAAUCGCUUCAUUGGAGCGGCUAGAAGAAGAGAAGCAAGAAGGAAAUCGUGAAGAAGAAGAAGCCCCACUGAAGAAAAAGUCGAGAGAGACCGGACCAAAUGAUGAAGCAGAGCAAAAGUCAUGA